AUGGGCGACCUCCCUCGAGAGCGAGUCACUCCUGCUCGUCCCUUCCUGAGAACGGGAGUCGAUUAUGCCGGCCCGAUAUUCAUCCGCACAUCCAAAGGGCGUGGACAUCGAGCGCAUAAGGCGUUCGUAGUUGUAUUCGUUUGCCUUUGUUCCAGAGCGAUCCACCUUGAAGUAGCGUCUGACUACUCCUCAGACGCUUUUCUCGCCGCCUUCCGCAGGUUCGUUUCCCGCCGAGGACUGUGCGAGGAAAUCUACUCAGACUGCGGGACAAACUUUGUCGGAGCAGACAGACAACUCCGAGAACUUUUCCGAGCAUCUUCUUCCGACGGCCGUCGCAUCUCUCAGGCCGUCAUCAAGGAAGGUAUAUCCUGGCGCUUCAACCCGCCUAGCGCACCACACUUUGGAGGACUCUGGGAGGCGGCGGUGAAGUCGACGAAACAUCACCUGCGACGGGUGAUAGGAGAGGCUACGCUCACCUUCGAGGAGAUGAGUACUCUUCUGGCUCAAAUCGAAGCGUGUCUGAACUCUCGUCCAUUGCAGGCCUUAUCUGACGAUCCGGACGACCUGUCUGCACUGACUCCAGGGCAUCUCCUCAUAGGCGCCCCUCUACUGGCGGUUCCAGAGCCUUCAUCGGCCGAACGGUCACCGAGUACGUUGUCGCGGUGGCAGUUACUCCAGCGAAUGCGCGACCACUUCUGGCAGCGAUGGUCCCAGGAGUACAUCCACGCCUUGGCAUCCCGUCCAAAAUGGCUCAAGGCCGAGCUCGCUCCGGAGAUCGGAGCUUUGUGCCUCAUCCGCUCGGAGUCUACUCCACCUACCCGAUGGCCUCUCGCGCGUAUCAUCAGGUUACACCCAGGAAGCGACGGCACUGUCCGCGUGGUGACCGUCCGAACAUCCACUUCGGAACUCGUCCGGCCGAUCGUAAAGCUCGUCUUUCUGCCGGGAGUCAAGGAGGCUCACACGCCCGCGGACGAGUAG